UCUGUGUUAAGGCAGCUGGCUGAUUUGGGUUCUUACUUUUGAACUUCGGUCUCUCUGAGAAACCUAACCUCUAUUUUGUGAACUCUGCUCAUCUCCUGGGAGUAAGUCCCAGGAUGCGCCUGCUUUGUGCUCUGGGUCUCUUCUUGGCCCUGCUGCAUGUGACCUCCUGUCUGCUGAUUGGAGCCUUCAACAUCCGACAGUUUGGGGACAAGAAAUCAAGAAAUAAGGAUGUCAUGGCAACCAUCAAAGAGAUUGUCCUUCGCUAUGACAUCAUUCUGAUCCAGGAAGUCCGCGACAAAGAUCUGGAAACAACCAAAAGACUCAUGAAUCUUGUUAACAACAAUGUGUGUGUGUUUAGUGUGUGUUUCCCCAGCGGUUCUCCUCAGUUCGCCUACAAAGUCAGUGACCCCCUGGGUCCCAGAAGCUAUAAGGAGAGAUACCUCUUCCUCUACAGGGUUCAGACGGUGUCCGUGAAAGGCAGCUUCCAAUACAAUGGCAACUUCUUCUACAGACCAUCCUACUCCCUGUUUUGGAGGGAGAUCCAUGUCUUCGACAGACCGCCCUUCGUCGUCAAGUUUUCCUCCACAGAGACCGCUGUGAAGGAAUUUGUUCUGAUCCCCAUUCACACCUCUCCAAGAACUGUGGCAGAAGCUGCUCGAGAAGGGAAGAGGUCCACUGUAGAUGAACUGAAUGACCUUGUUGACGUGGUGAAGGAGGCCAAAAGAAAAUGGCAUAACAAUAACAUCGUGGUGCUCGGAGACUUCAACGCGGCCGGCACGUAUGUAACAAAGAGCGACUUGCAGAAUAUCCCCCUCUUCACCGACAACAACUUCCACUGUCUGAUCGAUGACGAUGUUGACACUGCAGUGUCGGGGUCUCAAAAGGCUUACGACAGGAUUGUCGUCACCACUGACAUGAACAAUGGAGUGGUGCCAUGCAGCGCUGACGUCUUUAACUUCAAGAAUAAAUAUGGUCUUACCCAGGCUCAGACACUUGCCGUCAGUGACCAUUUCCCUGUGGAGGUGGAGCUACGGACCACAGGAACCACUACACAGACCCCCACUACACAGACCCCCAGACGGAAGCAGACCUACCACGAGAGGUUUCUCUAUGUUAUGUUUGGUUUGGAUGCUGUGAGGCGAGCUAACCGCUGUCAACAGUGGGGGCGCAAGAGUAUUUUUAUUGGGUAAUCUAUGGUAGGGCUAACCCAUACAGUGGUGGUGCUCAAGUCAGUAUUUGCAAUGUAAUUACAUACACGCUAUAUCGCCCCCCUUGACAGUGAAACGCCACGCGUGAGGUUUAGAUUAUUUCCCUGUCUCAAUCAAAAUGGAACUGUAUGAAAUAAAACGGCACAUUUGUCUUGUAGUAAAUAAAAAGGGAUCACUGUGAACGUGACGUAUGAUAGGACACGUUGAAGAUCCAAUGGGGAUACUGAAUGGCGGUUCCGACUGAUCUCAUCAGUAAGGCAUGACGCAGACCCAACGUUGCGUUGCUCUGAUUGGCUGUAGGUCUGACUCUAUUCAAAUUGCAUUCGGAGGCAUUUUGAUCUGACCACGGCCGCGCUGAUAUUAUAACGCCAGAGAAUUUCCACACCUUUAGUGUAUAAAACUCCCCACUACUUAGACUAUUCCUUGCACCCCUCUUCUAGCAUAACCCCGAAUGGUCUAAUCCAUAUUGCAUCAGUAACGUGCACUUGUUGUAACAGCAGGAUCAGUUUGUGUGUUGUGGACAUGACCCGUAUAUUUUCGCAAGCCGUGUUCUCAACAUUUAGCAUUUUGCUUAUUAUUUAAUUUAAUUUGCUUACUUUAACACCAUUUCUUGGUAUGGCUGUAGCCUACCCCAGCCAUACCCUGGCGCCGCCACUGGCUGUCAAGGACUGUAAUGACCGUUGCUAAGGAGGAUCAAGAAAGAGAAAGGAAAAGAGGUUAAAAAAAAUAAAAGAAUCUUAAUAAUGAAAAUCUUUCCACAAAAAUCUAAAUGUUUUGCAAAUUAUUUGGCGGCAAAUAUUGAUUUUACAUUUACACCCUUUAAUAUUGUAUUUGGGCUUUUAGAUGAAGACACAAGAUGCACACAGUUAAUAAAUACAACUAUUCUUCUGGCUAAAAUACUUUUUUUUGAAAAGUCAAUCAAGGAGUAAUCUUAAUUUAAGGUGUUUGAAGAGUAGAUUAAAAAUACAAUUUAUUUUGGAAAAAAUUAUUGCCACAAAAAAUCAAAGGCUGAACACGCCAUGACAUGGGAAAUAAUGAGCUCUAACGAAGAGUGGGAUUAUAGUAACUAUAAAUAUGCCAUGUUGUGUUUAUGGUGGUUUUUGGUUUUCAACCUAUUUUUGUUUUGUUUGUGAAAUGUUGAAGUGAUCCUAUCUUUAUUUCUUCUGUUUUUGUUUUGUUUUUGUCUGAGAUGGGAAUGUCAUCUCCUAUAUGUUAUUGUUAUGUCCAUGUUUGUGUCUUUACCCUGGUACAAAAUUAAAAAAUGUUUUUAAAAAAAUGUGGCGGCCCACUUGCAAUGCCUUCGCAAACCACUGGGGUGGCGCGGCCCACAGGUUGGAAUAUAGAGUUCUUCUGGCAACCAUGCAGCUUUGAAAAAGAAUUAAAAAAAAUUAAGAAAUGCCGAAUUA